AUGAUCUCUCCCCUGCUCAUGACCUUCUGUCUCUCCCCUGCUCUCCUCCUGUCUCUCCCCUGCUCCCAUCCCUCCUGCUGCUCCUGUCGCUCUGCUCCCUCCUGUCUCUCCCUGCUCCCUCCUCCUGGUCUUCCCCUGCUCUCCUGUCUCUCCCCUGCUCCUCCUCGGUCACCCUCUCCCUGUCUCUCCCCUCCUCCUGUCUAUUCCCCUGCUCCUCUCCUGUCUCUCCCCUGCUCCUCCUGUCUCUCCCCUGCUCCUCCCUGUCUCUCCCCUGCUUCCUCCUCCUGUCUCGUCCCCCUUCCUCCUGUCUCUCCCCUGCUCCUCCUGUCUCUCCCCUGCUCCUCCUCUAUCUCUCCCUGCUCUCUCCCCUGCUCCUCCUGUCUCUCCCCUGCUCCUCCUCCUGUCUCUCCCCUGCUCCUCCUGUCUCUCCCUGCUGCUCCUCUCUCCUGUCUCUCCCCUGCUCCUCCUGUCUCUCCCCUGCUCCUCUGUCUCUCCUGCUCUCCUCCUGUCUCCCCUGCUCUCCUCCUGUCUCUCCCCUGCUCAUCCUCCUGUCUCUCCCCUGCAUCCUCCUGUCUCUCCCUGUCCUCCUGUCUCUCCCUGCUCAUCCUCCUGUCUCUCCCCUGCUCCUCCUGUCUCUCCCCUGCUCCUCCUGUCUCUCCCCUGCUCCUCCUCCUGUCUCUCCCCUGCUCCUCCCUGUCUCUCCCCUGUUCCUCCUCCUGUCUCUCCCCUGCUCUCCUCCUCCUGUCUCUCCCUGCUCCUCCUCCUGUCUCUCCCCUGCUCCUCCUGUCUCUCCCCUGCUCAUCCUCCUGUCUCUCCCUGCUCCUCAUCCUCCUGUCUCUCCCCUGCUCCUCCUGUCUCUCCCCUGCUCCUCCUGUCUCUCCCCUGCUCCUCCUGUCUCUCCCCUGCUCCAUCCUCCUGUCUCUCCCCUGCUCCUCCUGUCUCUCCCCUGCUCCUCCUGUCCUCUCUCUCCCCUGUCUCUCCUCCUCCUGUCUCUCCCCUGCUCCUCCUGUCUCUCCCCUGCUCCUCCUGUCUCUCCCCUGCUCCUCCUGUCUCUCCCUGCUGCUCCUCCUGUCUCUCCCCUGCUCUCCUCCUGUCUCUCCCCUGCUCCUCCUGUCUCUCCCCUGCUCCUCCUGUCUCUCCCCUGCCAUCCUCCUGUUCUCUGCUCAUCCUCCUGUCUCUCCCCUGCUCCUCCUGUCUCUCCCCUGCUUCCUCCUCUCUCUCCCCUGCUCAUCCUCCUGUCUCUCCCCUGCUCCUCCUGUCUCUCCCCUGCUCCUCCUGUCUCUCCCCUGCUUAUCCUCCUGUCUCUCCCCUGCUCAUCCUCCUGUCUCUCCCCUGCUCACCCUCCUGUCUCUCCCCUGCUCAUCCUCCUGUCUCUCCCUCUCUCCUCCUGUCUCUCCCCUGCUCCUCCUGUCUCUCCCCUGCUCAUCCUCCUGUCUCUCCCCUGCUCCUCCUCCUGUCUCUCCCCUGCUCCUCCCUGUCUCUCCCCUGCUCACCCUCCUGUCUCUCCCCUGCUCCUCCUGUCUCUCCCCUGCUCCUGCUGUGGCUCCCCUGCUCACCCUCCUGUCUCUCCCCUGCUUAUCCUCCUGUCUCUCCCCUGCUCCUCCUGUCUCUCCCCUGCUCCUCCUGUCUCUCCCCUGCUCAUCCUCCUGUCUCUCCCCUGCUCCUCCUCCUGUCUCUCCCCUGCUCAUCCUCCUGUCUCUCCCCUGCUCCUCCUCCUGUCUCUCCCCUGCUCAUCCUCCUGUCUCUCCCCUGCUCAUCCUCCUGUCUCUCCCCUGCUCAUCCUCCUGUCUCUCCCCUGCUCCUCCUGUCUCUCCCCUGCUCCUCCUCCUGUCUCUCCCCUGCUCAUCUUGUCUCUCCCCUGCUCCUCCUGCUGUGUCUCCCCUGCUCCUCCUGUCUCUCCCCUGCUCCUCCUCCUGUCUCUCCCCUGCUCCUCCUGUCUCUCCCCUGCUCAUCCUCCUGUCUCUCCCCUGCUCCUCCUGUCUCUCCCCUGCUCAUCCUCCUGUCUCUCCCCUGCUCAUCCUGUCUCUCCCCUGCUCCUCCUCCUGUCUCUCCCCUGCUCCUCCUGUCUCUCCCCUGCUCCUCCUCUUGUCUCUCCCCUGCUCAUCCUCCUGUCUCUCCCCUGCUCCUCCUCCUGUCUCUCCCCUGCUCCUCCUGUCUCUCCCCUGCUCCUCCUGUCUCUCCCCUGCUCCUCCUGUCUCUCCCCUGCUCAUCCUCCUGUCUCUCCCCUGCUCCUCCUGUCUCUCCCCUGCUCCUCCUCCUGUCUCUCCCCUGCUCCUCCUGUCUCUCCCCUGCUCCUCCUGUCUCUCCCCUGCUCCUCAUGUCUCUCCCCUGCUCAUCCUCCUGUCUCUCCCCUGCUCAUCCUCCUGUCUCUCUCCCUGCUCUCCUCCUCUCUGUCUCUCCCGUGCUCCUCCUCCUGUCUCUCCCCUGCUCAUCCUCCUGUCUCUCCCCUGCUCCUCCUCCUGUCUCUCCCCUGCUCCUCCUCCUGUCUCUCCCCUGCUCAUCCUCCUGUCUCUCCCCUGCUCAUCCUCCUGUCUCUCCCCUGCUCUCCUGUCUCUCCCUUGCUCCUCCUGUCUCUCCCUGCUCAUCCUCCUGUCUCUCCUCCUGUCUCUCCCCUGCUAA